CAACAACAACCUCCUCCCCACCUCCCUACCUCCCUACCUUCCUCUCUCCCUCGACGCCCAACGUUGGUUCUCGAGUCGAGUCACAGUCUUACUCGAUUGGAUUUUCUCCAACCAACAAACUUCGUCAGGGUCUGCCGACCUCCGUCUGAUGCCAUUCCGCAUAUCGAUCCUAGUCGCGCUUAACGCAUGAUUUUCUCCAAGCCCCUCCCACUCGCCGACGAGUGGACAGAUCCGGAUGCCUACGUUGAGGCCUUGAUUUCGUUCGCUACCAACUCUGACAUCUUUAGGCACCUCUGCGGCGGAGUGCAUAUCCUUGACUUCCUAACACGAGAGCCGGACCUUUAUACCUCCCUGCUACCGGAAAAUUGGCGGGCCUUCUUCGAUCAGCAUGAUGUCCAGGACAUUCUAGACUUGCUCCUUCGCGACGAUCUACAGCCCCUCUUCGACCAACAUGCCGGAACGGGUAACGAACUGGAUGCGGACGCAAGAGGGUGGCGAGGCGGUAGUCUGCCCCCGCUGGAUUUCCUGGAGUACAUUCACCAGAUCCGGCGCCUGAGCCUGGGACGGGAUUUUACUCCGUCUCAGCCCGGGACCCCUGUGAUCCCGAGACAUAUUGCAGUAGGGAUGAACGUCAAGAAGUACCAUGAGGUCGCGCACUUCUCUAAAUACGUGGAUAAGCUGUGCACAACGGUAGACGAACAACGGGGCGAUGCGAUCACACAUAUCGUGGACUUCGGGUCGGGACAGAGCUACCUGGGUCGCACCCUUGCCUCUGCGCCGUACCACCGGCACAUCGUGGCCAUCGAGCGGAAGCAUCAGUUCAUCAGUGGUGCGCAGGGCAUGGAUGUGCAUGCUCGUCUGAAAGAGAAGAAAAAGGUCAACAUGUACAACAAGAAGGCUGCCAAAUGCAAGGUGUGCGAUGAACCUGAGUCGCCUGCAGCGGUGGAGUCGCGCCCCAAUGCAGGGGAGUCCAACAUUGCAGAGCAGAGGCCUCAGGAGGAGGACCCAACGACAGCCACUGCCAACGGGGAAGAAGAGGACCUGGCCAUGAUUAACGUCUUCCGUGACGUCAGCCUCGCGCCCGGCGAGAUUGGCUUCAAGCCCCAUCGGAACGCGCCCAAGGCGGCCGUGGAAGAAGAGGAUGAUCCCAACAAGCCGAGAGGCACGAUGGACUAUAUCGAACAUGAGAUCAAGGACGGGUAUCUGGAGCCGAUCAUCAAAGAUGUGAUCGAGGCUCCUCUGCCUGCUGUCGAAACAACCACGGAUGACAGUGCAGUUGCGACCAAUGGUACCAAGGCAGACCAGAAGCCGGUGGACGCCAAGGUCAUGGUCAUCUCCCUCCACUCUUGUGGCAACCUACUGCACCACGGUGUCCGCUCUCUGACCCUGAACCCGUCGGUCAAAGCCAUUGCUAUGAUCGGCUGCUGCUACAACUUAGUUACAGAGAGGCUAGGCCCUGCCACCUACAAGCUUCCUAUCCUCCGAUCCAUGCAUCCCCGCCUGACGCAGGAUGCCGUCGCGUACGAUCCCCAUGGAUUUCCUAUGUCAAAGCGCUUCGAAGAUUACGAGCAUGAGAGCGGAACAGGUGUCAAGCUGAACAUUACAGCACGGUCCAUGUCCUUGCAAGCUCCUUACAAUUGGGGCCGGAAAGACAGCGAGGACUUUUUCACUCGACACUUCUAUCGAAGCCUUCUCCAGCGUGUUCUUGUGGAUCGCGGAGUUGUCGCAAAACCCAAGAUCCCUGACGAUCUCUACGGCGAAUCAGAUGCACCUGAGGACGCAGGGAACCCCUUGAUUGUGGGCUCUCUACGCAAAUCCGCUUUUGUUUCCUUCCCCGCCUAUGCUACCGCUGCCUUGGCUAAGCUUUCCCGUGAUGCGCACUUUGGGGAAAAGGUGAAAGCUGGAAUGGGUGACCUCACUGAAGAGGAUUUGAACCGCUAUGUGGAAGAGUACUGGUACGCGAAAAAGAACCUCAGCGUGGUAUGGAGCUUGAUGGCUUUCAGUGCUGCCUUGGUCGAGGCCAUCAUCGUGGUGGACCGGUGGCAGUUUCUGCGAGAGCACGACUCCGUCAAGGAUUGCUGGGUUGAACCUGUUUUCGACUACCACGAGAGUCCCCGCAACCUGGCCGUCAUUGGAAUCAAGAAGUGAAGGGCGACCUACCUCAUGUGACAGGUUUUUCCACCGGAUGCCUGAGGCCUCCGAACCCGAGCUGCAGGUGUCAGAAAGCAAGGAGUUGGGCAGCAGUAGCAGCAGCAACAGCCUCUCUGGUUCCGAGACAUUUGCCAUCCGGCAGAUCGGGCGCUUUAUUUCCCGCCUGAAUCAGUGUUCUGGCGACCUGCGACUGGCCUGAUCUAGGCCGCGAUGUGCACACGCGACUCCUACGAAGUGAGACCAUGCUGGGGUCCUCUCCACGUAGAUAUGAUGUGACCACGACCAAUAGACGAUAGACGAUGGACCGAAAAGAAAAAUAUUAGCAUAGAGGUUUAUGUGCAGAUAGAUGGUGCGACAAAUUCACCGGCAGCUAGUGUACUGUACUAUGUCGAGAGCGCUGCUGAUCGGUCUAGAUUUUUUUCAUC